CAGGUUGUAUUUGGUGAGAGGUGUAACUCACUCACUCACGGUUAUUGAUUCCUGUCAUGGACGCUGUGACUGAAAUACAUUUCUUGAAGGAGAACGAUAGGAAACCCAAUAACUAACAACUUGCAGACUUCACACCGACUGUAGCAUGUCUGCAUCAUCAGCCUCGGGUAAAAAAAACCCAGUGGAUUAUGGGGUACAGAUCCGCUUCAUAAAUGACCUGCAUGAUGGUGGAGGUGGAGGGCAUCGAGAUGGCUCGGGGAAAUCCUCGUCCCGCUAUGGCGUGGCUGUCAGGGUGCAGGGCAUCGCGGGACAGCCGUAUGUAGUGCUCAAGGAUGGAAAGAAGGGCGACUCUUAUGGAGUGCAACUCCGAACCCCAAAUUACAGCAGCUUGCCCAGGAAGCGGGAGGAUGGAAUCGAGGAUGGUUCUUAUCUUCCCACCUCAGAUGGCAGUGUGUUGCGACGGGCUCAAUCUCACGGCUCUCUUCUGGACCGAGAGAGUGACUACAACUCCCCUCCAAACGAGUUUAGGCGCCCUAAUGGAGACGGGCGCUCUGGCAGCUACGGCAACUUGGACGGCACGAUUGGCGUAGGGAUGGAAAGGAACCGGUGGGGAGGCUCCCACCAAGCAGAGCUGAACGGCUCUUUAGAGACGGAAAAUCUGAAAGGAAUAAGCAACUACUACAAAUCAUCUUCCGGUACUGUAAGACCUCCACAUGACAGACGCACCAAAAAUGGAGGAAGUAGUUCUGCUGGACAAGCUGGCAGCAUCGGAGGCUCCUCCAGGGGGCGUACUCCUGGUGUUCAUGCAGGAAACGAACCAGAUACUGCAACCACUGUCCUUUCUUGUGCUCAGUUGGUGCCUCAAAAUGAAUACGCACCUCCUCCAUCAUCAUCUGCUUCAGGUUACAAGAGACCAAGCCGAACCUCUGGUUCUGUGGCCAAGGUUGCAGCCGUGCCUUCCUCUGGUUUAAAUAAGGAUUGGUCAACAGUAGAUGCGCAUGUGACUCCUGAUCUUUUGAGGGAUCAGAGUCAGAGCUCAGGGCCCGAAGUCAGCAUUGAGGAGGAUCAGAUCCAGCAGAUCAUCUAUGGUGUUCUGCGACAGGGGAGCAGUGAUAGCGACGCUGCAAUUAAACACAGAGUCCGAGUCAUCUGUGAUAAGAUCCGGGGGCUCAAGAUGAACAGAUCAGACCUUGUACUUAAGGCAGAGCUGGAACAGAGCCUGGAUGAAAAUAUUAACCUACAGGAACAGCUGAGCAGGAAGAAGACGGAGUUAGAUCAGACACAUUCUGAGAUGAUUCAGUUGCGUAUGGACAGAGAGAAUGCAGAGUCUCGUGUCCGACAGCUAGAGGACCAACUGAUAGGACUGCAAGACGAGCUGAGGAGAGAGACAGGCAAUAGAGCAGAGACUGACGAGAUGCACGAGGAGUUGCUGGUUCUACGCAAUGAGCUGACUGCAAUGUCAGUGCAGCAUCAGAGACAGGAGGACGCACUGAGACAGAGAGAGCGGGAACUGACUGCACUGAAAGGUGCCCUGAAGGACGAAGUGUCCACUCAUGACCGGGAGAUGGAAAGUCUUCGACAACAAUACAGCCAAGACAUGGAGAGACUAAGAACCAGCAUGGCACAGGUUUCACAGUCUCAGGCAAGCAUAGAAGCCGAGCGCCAGCGUGUGAACUCUACGGUGCGCUCCCUACAGCAACAGCUAGAGGAGAGCAAAGAGGAAGGUGGCCACUGGAGAGAGCAGUUCCAGAAUACCAGAGAUGAGCUCCGCAACACCAAACAACAGCUUCUCCAGGCUCGUUUAGAUAAAGAAGAGUUUGAAGAGGAGGUAAAGGAUCUGCAGGAGACACUGGACGCCAUGAAACAGCAGAUCCCCGAUGUCAAAGAAAGUGAAACCCUCAACCAGGAGCUGGAGCGUAGCCGUGCAUCCCUGAAACACGCAGAAGCUGAGGUAGAGAAACUAAAGCAGGACCUCGACAAGAAGACUAUGGAGAUUAUUUCCUUGAAGAGAACCAAUCAGGAAUUGGAUGCCGAGCAAAAAUAUGAGAUUGGCAGGCUAAAGGACCAAUCACGGAAAGAUAAGGAAGAGCUAGCUAAAGUUCAUGAGAAAACCAAGCAGCUUGCCGAUCCUGCACUGGUGGAGUCUCUGCAUGAGGAAAUGCGUGCAGUGCGCGGAGAGGCGGCGCGUCUGCGCAGUCAGCUGCUUUUGGCAGAGGAGGAUCUACAGAAAGAGAGAGAGAAAUUCUCCUCAGUCCAAGCAGAAAUGAACGGAGUCUCAAAUGAGCGAGAGGUGCUGGAGGAGGCCAACACACGCCUCAAAGACAAACUUGAGCGUCUGGAGUCCUCACUUCAGGAUCAAGUUUCACAGAACAUGGAGGCCGAGCAGGAGCUGCAGUUGGAGAACAGGAAGCUGAGGCAGCAGCUGGAAGAGGCCAAACGCAGCAGCACCAAACUGAACCAGGAAAGAAACGAACUGUCCCGAGCACUGGAGGAGCUUGGCAGAGACAGGGAUGCUCUCCGCAAGGACAACACACAGCUGGAUGAACAAAAGCGACAGCAUGAGAAGAUCGUGGACAAACUCCAUAAAGAGAUUGAGCGGUUGGCUGCCGAUUCGAGUGUGUCUGUGCGGCUGGUACAGUCUCAGUUUGAUGAGCAGAAAGAAAAGUGGAAGAAGGAGCAGCAAGACCUACAGAAGGUUAACCGAGAGAAAAUCACUGAGCUGGAAAAAGCCCAGAUCACUAUGCGUUCUCUCCAGGAGGAGUUGUCCCGUCAGAAGAAAGAGCUGCAGUCAUACUGCGAGGAAAAGGAUGCUGCUGCUCUGGACAGAGAGAUGCUCAUCAACCGCAUCAAACACCUGGAGGGAGAGCUGGAGACUCAACGCAACACGUUUAACGAUCGCGCCCGUGAUCUCCGCGGCAUGGAGGAUAAAGUGAAGCGCUUGGAGCUGGAGCUGGAUGAGGAGAAGAACAGCGUGGAGCUUCUGACAGACAGAGUAACCAGGAGCCGAGACCAAAUUGAGCAAAUGCGUUCAGAGCUAAUGCACGAAAGAUCAUCCAAGCAAGAUCUAGAGCUGGACAAAAAUGCCCUGGAGAGACAGCUAAAGGAUUAUAAAUCCCGUGUAAAAGAAAUGGAGGGCCAGUCCCGUAGUUCCACUAAUGUUUCUCAGCUAGAGGGUAAACUCCAGGAUUUGGAGGAGCAGCUACGUAAUGAAGAAAGAGAUAAAAAUGCAGCACUGUCCUCACAACGGCGCCUGGAGAGGAAGCUGAAAGAGCUGACCAUGACUCUGGAUGAGGACAGGCAGCAGAUCACUGAGCAGAAAGACCAGUUGCUUCUGCGUGUGAAGGCAUUGAAGAGGCAGGUGGAUGAGGGAGAGGAAGAAGUAGAGCGGUUGGAGGGAUUGCGGAGGAAAGCAGUAAGAGAUAUGGAGGAGCAAAUGGAACAGAAAGAGGCACUACAGACUCGAGUCACAGCACUGGAGAAUGAACUCAAGAGGAAGAUCCAGCAAGCCCGACUCACAUCCGCAGGCUCUCCAGGUCUCAGCUCAGACGAUGACGAUGAUGAAGGCCUGUUUGACUCGUCCUCCAUCACCUCCAUCCUCACAGAGAGCAAUCUACAGACCAGCUCCUGCUAGAUUUGAGGAGAAAUGAGGUGCACUAUGAGAUGUGUGCGCACGAGAGUGAAAUGAGCUUUUGAGUAAAUGAGACACUUUAGAUUUGAUUUUUUUUUUUAAAUCGCAUUCCUUUUGGUCUGUAGAUUUGCAAAGGCUCUGUUGUAAAUAAUGGAAGUUGAAGUAAAAUUUAUACGAAUCGAACAAACCUUGUGAAAAUGUGGGCAUGCACUCUAUAACCGUACAUACUGUGCAAAGAACUGACAUUUUAUUUAGUUCAAAGUGUUGUGUAGUUUGCACGUCACUGUAUUCCACAUAUAGUACUAUUAAUGUGAAUCGCUGUAUUGAGCUUAAUUAUUAUAGCUGCCACUCUGUAAACGAAUCACUGAGUUUUAGUUUGUGUUGAGGAAAUUCACAAGAAAAGCCACUGUCUUUCAAGUUGCCAUAUACUUUAAUAUCAAGGCUUGGGUGAACUUGUGUGUUUUGAUGCAAAUUCAAAUGAAUUCUGAAAUAUUAAACAAUUGUUUUAGUCCCAUAACAAUUUUAAAAUCACUUGGGAACUUGAGCCAUUCAGGAUUAUUUAGGAUCAGUUGGGAUAAGCUCUCUUUUAACCAACAAACCAUCUCAUCUCAUCUCAUUAUCUCUAGCCGCUUUAUCCUUCUACAGGGUCGCAGGCAAGCUGGAGCCUAUCCCAGCUGACUACGGGCGAAAGGCGGGGUACACCCUGGACAAGUCGCCAGGUCAUCACAGGGCUGACACAUAGACACAGACAACCAUUCACACUCACAUUCACGGUCAAUUUAGAGUCACCAGUUAACCUAACCUGCAUGUCUUUGGACUGUGGGGGAAACCGGAGCACCCGGAGGAAACCCACGCGGACACGGGGAGAACAUGCAAACUCCACACAGAAAGGCCCUCACCGGCCACGGGGCUCGAACCCAGGACCUUCUUGCUGUGAGGCGACAGCGCUAACCACUACACCACCGUGCCGCCACCAACAAACCAACUGAUCCUAAAUAUAAUAUAAACUACUGGUUGCUGUGAUUGAUCUGAGCUCUGUAAAACCCAAUAGGCUUCACAAAAACAUAAUGCAAGAAUAAUACAUAGAUGACCCGAGUGUGCUGGAAUUUUCCAUAGCUAAUGCACUGAUUAUUUUUAGACGAAGGUUAUGUUUUCAAACAGCACCACAGUCAAUUCCGAGCCUAAAGGACGGACAAGAGAAGCAGCAUAGUAUGAGCUAUAGUAGUGAAAGGAAAAAAAAAAUCUAAAUAUGAUUGUAUGAAAGCAUGUAUAUUAAUGCUCAGUUCACACAUUUACUAAAAGAAAAGAAUAGCAUCUACUGUAUAUUAAGGGUAUGAAAGUACAUGGUACUGGAAUGAUGUUUAAAAGGAAAAAACAAAUAAUACAUGACGUUUGUUACUUGAUGGAGCGCUAUACACACCAACACGGUUCCUCAGGAGCAAAGGGUCACAUUUUAUCUGACUUGCUUAUGAAACUAAGCAUGAGUAGCAAAGCUGUUUUUGAUGCACGUCAUCAGUGUCUUGUCACAAGUGGCUUAAUGGUGGUGUUUGUGAAAGUCUCUAAUAUGUGCAAUGAUACGAGUGUAUUACACAUACUGUUAAUUAAAACAUGACGAAAGCAUUCCAGAUGUUCUUUUUUUUUUUUUAAUUUAAACUGAAUCACUUGCAUACGGUUUCAUUAUAUUGUUUUGUUAGCUCUAUUUGCAUCAUACCAUUGCAUCAAAGAACAAAUAAAAAAUGAUCUGUGUAAUUAUGUACUUUUGUAGAAAUUAUCAAGGGCACUAAUCAGUGAUUUUUUUUAAAUCAAGUAAAAGCGUUUUAUGAUGAAUGAAAUGCUUGAUCUCUACAUGUAUAGUCUUGUUCUUGAAACACAUGAUGGUACAAUGUGACUGUCUUAAAUGUUCAUUAAAUCCAUGACUUUGUAUUUUUACAUAUUUUUAUGAAAAAAUAAAGUGUGCUUUGACUUCGUUAUCUUACAA